UGCAGGUUAAUACGGAGACAGAAGAGAUUAAAUAAGUAAUGUUUUAAAGACGACUGGACUGGAAUAAACUUUAUAAUGAAUAAACUCUGAAUGAGGAACAUGAAGGGGUGAAAGUAAGCUGAGGUAAAAACCACCGAAGAAGAAGACGAUGAAGAUUCCCGCUCUUUUCUCUCACCGCCGUGCGCGAGCUCUCACCCGCCUCAGUGUCCUGCUUCAUUCUGCACCUAUUCCAGUGUGGUAGCGGAACGUCUGUUAGUAAUAUAUUUGCCAAUAUCACUCAGGAUGUUUCACAUUGUGGAAUUUGCAGACAAAAAGGUUGCAGUAGUCCCAGCUGUUUGGGUAUCGAAUGGAAUCUGUAGCUGGCCCCCAUACAAAAAUGGAAACGAGAUGAGCAAGGCAGUGAAAAAGCAAGAAAUUCCGAAUCCAGACUGGGCAAAAUACGCUGUCAUAGUGAGAUGCACGAAAAAUUCAUACGAUGCUAUAAGGCCUAAAUUAGCACUGGCUGAACAGCAAAGUGAUCUGCAAACAGAGAGUGAAGAUGACACAAUGCCCUCAUACAAAAGAAGGAAAGGAAGGGGAUUCAAUAGGAAAUAUAUUCAGUCUGACAAUGAAGACGAUGUUGGAGACAAUGGUGAUUUUGAAGAAACAAUAUCUGAUGUAAAUUAUCUGCCAGAUACUGCCAAUGCUACUAGACAACCAACUAAUGCGACAUCACCACCCAAUGUGCCAGAAAGAACUCUAGGCAUCACACCACCACCCCUGUUUCCACCACCUCAGCUCCGAACAACAUUGAUGGUAAAUACCCCAGCAACCCGACAAAUGCAGAGCGAGGCAGAUGCAUCUACUAGUCAAGCCACUGAUGCUGGGACAGUACCACCCAAUGUGCCUGAAAGAACUCUAGGCAUCACAGCACAAACACCUCAGCUACCGACAUCACUUAGGUUAAAUACCCCAGCAAGGAGACAACUGCAGAUCGAGACAACCACACCUGUGCAGAUCGAAAUUCUCACUCAGCUUGAAAUAAUCAAGCAGCAACAGGCCCAAAUCCUGCUGUUACUACAAAAACAAAACUCUAUGGGUGCUAUGGGUACAGACCAGACAGAAGUGGUGGCGAUAGCAGCAAAGUUUCCCAUUAAGGACAGGAGUGGUCUUACCACACUAGAGCAGGAGCUUCGUGAAAGCCCAGCCAUCAAAGAGAAAGCAAUAAACUAUUUUGGCAUCAUCGGGGGUACAAAUGUAAGAGAUACGACAUGGCGUACUCUUCAGAAGAUGAUUUCAAAUGACCUUGCUAGAUCAAUGAACUGGAAAGGGGCCAAUGGAAAGGUCUCAUUCAGCGACUCAUGUUUACGAGAAAUAGUCAAUCAGUCAGUGAGAAAAAUUUUUGUGUGCGCAGAAGCCACAGAUGUAGCCAUUGAGUCAGUGGUAAAAAGAUGGCUACAUCUGGCUCCAGAUAGAGAUGGAGGGAGAAAGGAGAGGGCAAGGAGACAAGAGGAGCUCCAGUGAAAGACUAGAAGAACUGGUAAGAUAUGGAAGAUACGGCCUGAUGUGGAAGAGGAAAUGCAGCUCUACAAACAGGAAAAGUCAUUCCAUUUGAUUCUAAUUUACAGCACAUGGUAGCGGUCACUAAAAAGGAAAUGAUUUAGUCCCCAUGGUUUAGUAAUCCAUUCUCGGUUUAUAAACUGUACCCGUUAAUUUGUAAUCCGUACUCCUGAUUUUGUAAAAUACCCGUGGAUUUGUGAAAUGUAAUCUCAAAUUUAAAAUUAGAAACCUUAUUUUGUAAACUUUACCCAGGUUUAUAUAUGUUUGUUAUAGCAUAGCAUGCUCUAAGUUUAUACUAGUACAGGUUUUUAUUAUACACACAUAUGGCUCUGCCCUCAUAAAUUAUAAUUAAUGUGGAAUAAAAUCUGUUUUCUACUUAGUAAACAUAAUAUAUGUAUAAUGUGAUA